AUGGCCCUCAAGAGACUUCUUUUCUUCCAUCAACAUCGUCUCAAGAGACUUCCACCGACGGACAAGCCGCGCUCAGGAUCGUGGUCAAGCAACAGUGAAGACGUCGACUACUUGUCGCCCAUGACAUACAAGACCUGCAAUGCAGAGGACAGCUGCCUAAAAAACCAUUCCGGUUCGCCGGAACAGGCCACUGAGGUUUCGAGGGGAGGGACCGGGACUUCUUCGGGAGCGGGUGACAGCCAUGAUGGCUCCGACCACGGCCACGGCGGCCAUGGUCAUGACCCCGAGAAGGACCCGGCUCUCCGCUACGGAGACCUUCCUGGUACGGCAGCAUUGACGAGGCUGGAGACGAAACUCGAGUUCCCCGAGGGCGGGCUGCAGGCCUGGCUCGUGGUGUUCGGUUCGUUCUGUGCCAUGCUCUCCGUAUUCGGACUCAUCAACACGGCUGCCGUGUUUGAGUCGUACUUUUCUGAAAACCAACUGUCCGACUACACGGCGUCGGAGAUUGGAUGGAUCUUCAGUCUAUACCUGUUUGUUGUCUUCUUCGUCGGCAUUCAGGUGGGGCCCGUCUUCGACAAGUACGGGCCUCGUCUCGUCGUCGCCAUCGGUGGCGUGCUCAUGGCGGGCAGUUUGCUGAUUCUCAGCGUGUGCGAAGCGUACGGAGCGAUCGCUCAUUUCUUCAACGUCAAGCGGGGCUUCGCCACCGGUAUCGCGGCUACGGCCGGCUCGAUCGGUGGUAUCGUGUUUCCUGUCUUGCUGCAGAAGCUUCUUCCGAAGCUCGGAUUCGGAUGGACGGCGCGCAUCCUAGGUUUCAUCCUGCUGGGACUGGCGGUGCCUGCGAAUCUGUUCAUCCGUUCCCGCCUGCCUCCCAGGGACAAGCUGACGUCGGUGUGGCCCGAUCUCAGUGUGUUCAAGGACAUGAAGUUCACCAUCUCGGCGGUGGGCAUCUUCUUCAUGGAGUGGGGGCUGUUUGUGCCGCUGACGUACAUCGUGUCCUACGCGGCACGGUAUUCGGCGUCGGGCAACGCGACAGACUCGUACACGCUGCUGUCGAUCAUGAACGCCGGGUCGGCCCUCGGCCGUUUCAUCCCGGGUUUUGUGGCUGACAAGAUCGGCCGGUUCAACGUCAUCAUCUUUACGAUUGCCAUGUGCAUCGUCACGACUUUCGGACUGUGGUUGCCGGCGGGUGACUCGGAGCCGAUGCUGAUUGCGUUUGCUGUUCUCUUCGGAUUCGCCAGCGGCAGCAACCUCGGGUUGAUCCCCGUGUGCCUGGGACAGCUGUGUGACCCUCGUGACUACGGACGAUUCCUGUCGACGGCCAUGAUGGUGGCCAGUUUCGGAACGUUGAGCAGCCUGCCUAUUGCCGGCGCAAUUCUGGAGGCAGGCGGGCGCGCCGAUGUUGGAUGGCGUGCCGUCAUUGCCUUUGGCGGCCUGUCGUACGUCAUUGCCCUUGGCUGCUAUAUGGCGGCGAGAGUCAUGGCCGUUGGUUGGAGUCUCAAGAAGGUCUUCUAA